AUUUCCGCUGCAGCAACGAGAAAAAGAAAGGAAAAUGUGGACCGAAAGGACAAACUGAGGCCGGAGAAGGAACGUCCAACUACAUAUAUCUUAUUCGUAUCGAUCGGUUGUAAGGUUUUUGUCAUUAUUUAGUGUCCCGAGUCGAAUAUUUGACAGUUUAAGGGCCGCUCGGAGGUGAACUUACCCCUUGUUGUGUGGUUCGCGUUGAGGAAGCAGCUCGGCUAGCCACCAGCUGAAUUAGCCUGCGAGAGAUGGGGACCAGAGCGAGCCGCCUCCAGGACGACCCGGUUCCAUCUGCUUUCGGGAAAGAUGGCACAAAGCGGGAUUCCUACCGAAGAGCCCGCUGUACCAGGCCAACCAGUCUCAUGGUCGACUUCUCGGGGAGUUUUGAGGACACAGAAGCUAACCGGAGCCGAUCGGAGGAGGGCAGUGACUCGGACCUGGGUCAGCAUGGGGCUAGCGCCGAAGGAAGUCCGGCUGACCACCACAGCAUCCCCUCCAGCAUCAGCCAGGCGUCACCUGCGGACGACAACAACAGUGAGGGCAAACCGGAGGAAGACGGCAACAUCAGCCCGGAGGCUCCCGUCGAGGCUGAACAACAGCCCGGUGAAGAGACAGGCCGCACGCCACACCGCACUUUUUCAGAGCGGCUGCCCGGGAAUCGGCACUCAUCCGCCCGCAGCGUCGGCGCAAGAUCCGCCCGGGUUCGAGGCACACACCAGCGGCCAGUGUCAGAGGCUUGGAUUGGCCUGUACCGUGUUAACAACCGGCAUGGCAAUAUCCGUUGUCCUUUCUGCUCAAAGCCUUUCCCGGGGGGUCGGAUUGAGGAUCACCUGUUGAGCUGCCUCACGUCUCCUCCCUUACCUUACAAUACGGAUGUGCUCAGUAAAGACAGUGGCGAGUGUUCCAUCUGUUUGGAGGAUUUGGUACAGGGAGAAACUAUUGCCAGGCUCGCCUGCCUCUGUGUCUACCAUAAGAGCUGCAUUGAUUCCUGGUCCAAGGUGAAGCCCUGCUGCCCUGAACACCCCUUUGAUUGACUCACGGGUCACAUGAAUUCUGCACCGUGACCAACCUGACUCAGGAGACUACACUGAAUCCCAAUAAGAUCCCAAUAAAAAUGUGUGAUUGAACAAAUAAAAGCCCACUGUCCCUCUCAGAUGAAACCUAUGUUCAAGUGGACGACAGAUGAUCCUAAGAGGAAGGCAUAGUUCGCGACACCCAGCACUCUGCUUGGAUCAGUCCCCUUGAACUUGGUCUAGACAAUUUCAAGCCAAACACCAACAGUAAAAUCAGCAGAUCCUCUAAUCUAAAGGAUAACCUUCCUAUUUUAUGGACUUGGCUUGAAGGCGUGGAACAUCUUUUAAAAAAAAUAAUAAUAAAAAAAGCAAGUAAAAUAAAAAUUAUCAUCCCAGAACAAUGGAACUUUUCCAAAAAAAAUCACGAACUUGGCGAGGAACACAAAAAAGGUUGUCGUAACUGUGACUCCGGAUCCUCUCCUGUGUAUUUUUCUCCUUCCAAACAGAACUCGUCAUUUUUCUCAAGUAUUUUUCAAAAAGAGUGUUGUUCCAUGUCAUACAUUGGAUGAAUGUUUUCUUUCCUCGGCUUACCCCAAAUGAACCAACCUCAUACUGAAAGCGCUAACUGUUACCACAUAAAUAUUGCUUUAUUUCAAACUAGCUGGAUGUUGAGGGCUUGUUUUUGGUGAACGGGGGCUGCCGUUACUAGGUGUAUUCUGUUUCUUAUUACCUGUAAACAUUUCAGGGGAAGUUUGGGGGCUAAUUGUUUUUUUUUUUUUUUUUUUUUUCCUGAGUAGGUCAGUUGUAGGUAGAUAGUUAGCGCUGAGUUUAAUGUGCUGCUACUUGAUGAGUGUUUAGGGAAGGUUGUUGGUAUUUCAUAGGGCCAUAGUAGCGCUGGUCUUGGCACCAAUUUGAGCACUUUUGUCCCUCAAGGCUGUUUUCUUUUUUUUUUUUUUUUUUCCUUCAUUUUUCACAUAAGGUCUGGGAUAAGACUGUGUGUGUGACGAUGACUAUGACCAGGGACAGGAAAUGUCCUGAGCAUGAUUGUAUAUUCAAGAAAGUAUGUGUGAGACUCUGUGUGUGUUUACUGUAAAUUGCCCAGAAGUCUGCUUGGUCAAGCGGGUUAUCCUUUUUAAAAAAUUUUUAUUUUUUUUUUAACUGCAGUCACGCUGGUCAACACCCUGUUACAUGUGUCAUUGGUACGCAACAUGGCCAAUCAUGUGGUCUACUCUCAACGCGGUUUGGGUCCCAUCCUGCGUUCCCCCCUCCUCCCUUUUGACUCUCAAACACUCUCUGGGGUGUAGUCCGGAUUUUUUUGGACCAGACCCCAAGCGGCAGUUUGGCCAUCUGGUUACAUUAAUACCAGAUUGAGGAGGGAUAAAGGGAUGGGUGGAUUGAGGGAUGUAUUUUUGGGGCAUGUUUACACCAUGUGCAUCUGCCUCUCUCCACAUUACUGGAGGCUAUGGGCAGCUGAUGGUUAAUUAUUACAUAACCAGUCUCCCCUUUACACUUUUUAAGGAUUUUUAGAUAUUAUAUCCUCACAGUAUGAUUAUUGCUAAAUGUGUUUAAUGGCUUUUCCUUUGCCUUUUUUGUGUGUGUAUGUGUGCCGAUUGCCUUGGCCUGGUGAAGGGGUUCUCGUACAAGGAGGUAAUUGUAGUGUUUUUUAGGGCUGAACUGAGGUAGUAGCUCAAAUAAGGCGGCUCUGUAGCAGCUGUCCAAUUUACAGGUUGCACACAAGUGAGAAGAAACUGGGAGAGAACAAAAAAAUGUAUUGCUUACUUAUGCUUCCUUCUCAAAAGGCAAGUCUGUUCCACCGUUUCCAGCUGCAUAGUUUGUUCACCCCAGCCUUUUUCUUUCCUUCCUUUUUUUUUUUUUUCUUUUUUUUUUAAUAUCUUUCUUGGUGUUCUGCAGUCUGAGGUGCUAUGACCUGGACUUGUCCCGCCACUAGAGGGCAGCCCUGUGCAUGUUUCUCAUGUUUUGUAUUGGGAAGUUUAAAGAAAAAAAAA